CUUUCGUCUCAAUCUUCUAGCUAUAGUCCUCAGGGCGAGCCAACGCAAGGAACCCUGAUCUUUGACACCAUCUUAUACUCUUCCUCUCACGAAAACCUCGACCUACUCUUUCACCAUGUCUGAGAGUGCUGCCUGGCCCCUGGCCGACCAGAAGCUCGAGCAGGAGCUCCUCGACCUCGUCCAGUCUUCCCAGCAUGCCCGUCAGCUCAAGAAGGGUGCCAACGAGGCCACCAAGACCCUGAACCGUGGUGUCUCUGAGAUUGUCAUCCUCGCUGCCGAUACUCAGCCCCUCGCUAUUCUCCUCCACCUCCCUCUCCUUUGCGAGGAUAAGAACGUCCCCUACGUCUACGUCAGCAGCAAGAUGCACCUUGGCCGUGCCUGCGGUGUCAGCCGUGCUGUCAUCGCCGCCAGCAUCACCAGCAACGACGCGAGCGAGCUUGCUGGCCAGAUCCGAGCCAUGCGUGACAAGGUCGAGCGCCUCGCCAUCUAAGAUACCCACCGAACGAGGAAAGAAAAAGAUGGAAUACUUCGUCGAUGAGGGCCCUGUCGGCUUGUUGGUUGGAUGUGGUUAAUGUUUGACAAGGCGGGCCGUCGGGGUGGUUGAAUUGGUGUUGGAUGGACUACCGAGGCUGCAGACAGUAAUAUCAGCAACUCUCAUGACGAAGCCAAUAAGUUCAUGCAAGG